UUAACAGAACCUUUAUUGUGAUAUUGGAAAAAGAUUAGCCAUUAGGAUGAUUAGGAUUACAUUAAGAUUCACAUUUGACCUUGAGUCAAGAUGGUCUGAAAAAACUACUCAUAUUGAGAAACUAUAAUGUUGACAGUUCAAACAAUUUUAAAAAUCUCUAUGCUGAAUAGGAAUCCCCAGAGCUAGAGCAGAUUCUGGACAUAAUGAGUUACUCACAGCGUGGACGAAUGGACGGACAGUGUUGCACUCUAAGUCCUGCUAAAAUAGAGACUACAUCUGCAGGUUGGAAUAGUGAAAAAACCACAGUACAGUAUACAUCUCCCUUUUUUGGCCUGAUUAUUGAUUGUUUCAUUCUUGCUUCCCACAGGGUCAAAAGAUGAGAGAUCAUCCCAUACUUCAGAUAAUAAACAGGGACAAUAUGUCAACUCGCAUUUAUCGUUGCCUGGAUUUAAUUACCAAGUACUAGAUUUAUGAUUUAUGACAAGUAAGACUGAUGAAUAAAUUACAUGAGCUCUCAAUUAUUACCUGUUUUCUCAGGAAAGUGGACGUAAUGAUCAUCAUGUCUCUGCACCUCAUAUCUCUGUGACUGAGAGUACUCCAGAUAGAAACAGGAAGCAUCUGUCAGUUCCAGUUGACCAAUUACAGGUUCCUUCUCAACGUGAACGCUCAAAUUCUAUAAAGUCAGAAUCACCUGCUGAACAGCAAAAGUUCAUGGAGAUGAUUACCUAUGGCCAGCGUGGACGCAUGGAGGACCAGUGCUGCUCAUUGGAUCCUAGCAAGAGUGCUCCUUGCACACCCAGAUACACAGAGAAAAAACCUGUUGCAAUUUCAGAUCCUGAAAUGUUCUUCAAUCUGUUGGCCGACACCCAGAGCCGACGGCUCGAUGACCAGCGAGUGUCGCUUCCGUCAUUACCAGGAUUACAAAAUGAAAAGGGCACUUCUAUGGGAGAUUCAAGCUACUUGUGUUACAUGGUCUCUAAAGUUCAAGGCUCCAGAAUGGAUGAUCAAAGGUGUUCAUUACCUCAAAUGCUACCCCCAGAGACACCGUGUUCAUCAAACAAGGAUCAGUCUGAAUCUGGUUUAAACCCAUUACGCUCAGCCUCCUUCAGCUCAGACAUAAAACAACUAAAAAGUGAGGAUAAAAAACCUCAAAAACAGUUCUUGACUCCAGCUGAACAGGAAGAUCUUUUCACCUUAAUUAGUAAUUCCCACCAUGGCCGAAUGGAUGAACAGCGAUGUGUCCUAAAUUCUACACCCCAGUCCACACCUAAGCACCAUUUCACUCAAAGUGAAAUCCCCCAAGAUUCUGAUAAUUUCUUCAGCUUGCUGGCCAGCUCACAGGGCCGACGACUGGACGACCAGAGAGUGUCCCUUCCUUCAUUACCUGGAAUACAGAAUGGAGGUACCACAUUAACACCCACUGCUGCUGAGGCGGAUGCAAGCUACUUGUGUUAUCUGGUUUCCAAAGUCCAGGGCUCAAGGAUGGAUGAACAGAGAUGUUCUGCACCCCACAUCUUCCAGAACCUGGGUACCCCAUCAGCUCAGCACAAAAAUAAUCUUACAUCAGGCACAUCUGGUAAACCUCUGUGGAGGUCUGCCUCGUUAAACCAUGACAAAACUGAACAGCGUGGGCAGGGAAUAUCGGCAGCUGAGCAAGAGCAGUUCCUUAAAAUGAUAAGUCGCAUACAAAGUGGACGCAUGGAAGAGCAACGCUGCUUUUUACAACCCAGUAGAAGCACACCUUCCUCACCUACACACAAUGGCAGUGCUUUGAAUAAAGUACCCAUAGGUGCAGAAGCAGAGGCAUUCUUCAAAACCAUCACCUCCAGUCAGUCGCGACGACUAGAUGAUCAACGUGUUGCACUUCCUACCUUGCCAGGGAUAAGUGGAAAUUCUGAAGGAAAAGUAGACAUACAACGACAUACAACGGCUGAAAUCCCAGUCUCUCCACUACCACAGAUCACAGUUGCUAAAUGUACACCUACAACUUCAAAAAAGAACUGUUCUACACCUGCCUCACAACCUCAAAUGGCUUAUGGAAAGCCUGGUUCCACUGAGGCCUUACCCAAAUCUGCUUCACUUAUUCCCAAGGCAGAAUUUAAGAAGAAGUCUAAUUUCCCAGCUAAGGUAACAGUGAGUGUAUCUGUGAGCUUCACACCUCAGGAGAAGAAUGCCAAUGAGCCAGAUGCAUUCCCAGAUGUCUAUCUAACUCUUGGAGCCCCAGGGGACAACCUUGUGAUACCUCUGAGUUCAGUAUGUGGCAGACCCCUGUCCUUUGACUUAAACCUUGUUAUGAAGGAAGAUGUUAAGUUCAGGCAUCGCUCUCCAAGCCAUUCCAGUCCCAGAAAAAACAACUCUCCCAACAAAGGAGCAACUGGUAAAGCACAUCCUACAUGCUCACAGGAACAGGGGAAGCUUGUGACCAGCCACAUCAGUGCAGAUGUAAACUCCUUCUCCCUGACUGAAAAGACUCAGCUGGAGAAAGGAAUGGCUCAAGAAGGACAAAAGGGGAAAGGAGAACUUGGAAAGGUGAGGGAAAAGGCACAGCAUGGAAAAGGAAAGGGCGCUGUAAAGAAAGACAUGAAGAAGAGUGGCAAAUAAUGUACUUGUAAAU